AAAACAAAAGCGGGACCAAUUGAUUUGAUUUAAUACGGGCCCGAUUGUCGUAUCGUCAGAUCGCUGAAAACCACGUUUUCCCUUGAACGCCAAAGAGAUUUGGUAUUCAUGGCCGGAAAAAAAAGGGGGCCCAUAGCAGUCUUCCACUCCGGCAAAGGAAAACAGUAGUGGCCACCCGACAGUUGAAAGACAACCAAGGCAUAACGUUGACGUCUCUGCGCCCGCGCCGAAGCGGCCAUGGAUGCUCCGUCCCUUUUCCUCCAUGUCGCAUCCGUUGAUCAGUCAGAAAGCCUGCUGAAAGGAAUCAGACUCCGUACUACUUUCCAGUGAAUUCACCAUCCAUCGCCGAUGCGAAACGAUCGCUUUUCUCAAAUCCCACAGUGAAUAUGAAGCGGUGAUCACCAAAUUUGGACCCAUUUACCUUCUUGACUGUUGUUUUCUUGUGCUUCAAACUGUGCCAGUGUGGUUUAGAAGUGAAAGUAACAUGGCGACCGUAACAGAUUGAAGAGGAUAAAAAAGAGGAACUGCAGUGCAAAAAAAAAAAACCAGUGAAAAGAAAAAGAAAGAGAAAAAAAAGGGGGUAGUCGUUACGUUAGUAAUACUUUGAUUCGUAACUCGUCUGGAUCGGCGCAAUGCAGCGAGAUAACCAUGGUAGCGGUAUAGAUCCGCGUCAAUAUGUAGGUCCUUACCGAAUGGAUAAAACCCUUGGCAAAGGCCAAACCGGUCUGGUGAAACUGGGAGUACAUUGCGUAGCUGGAAAGAAAGUCGCCAUCAAAAUCAUCAAUCGUGAAAAGUUAAGCGAAUCUGUUUUGCAAAAGGUGGAGCGUGAAAUAGCCAUCAUGAAGCUUAUAGAACACCCCCACGUUCUUGGAUUGUAUGAUGUCUACGAGAACAAAAAAUAUCUAUAUCUUGUUCUGGAACACGUUUCUGGUGGCGAGCUCUUCGAUUACUUGGUUAAAAAGGGCCGACUGACACCGAAAGAGGCCAGGCGGUUUUUCCGGCAAAUUAUCUCAGCGCUUGACUUUUGCCAUAGUCACUCUAUUUGCCACCGAGACCUCAAACCUGAAAACUUGCUACUGGAUGACAAGAAUAACAUCAAAAUAGCCGAUUUUGGUAUGGCUUCAUUACAACCGGAGGGCAGUAUGCUAGAGACCAGCUGCGGAUCACCACAUUAUGCUUGCCCUGAAGUCAUCCGGGGGGAGAAAUACGACGGCCGGCGAGCAGACGUUUGGUCUUGUGGCGUCAUCUUGUAUGCCCUGUUGGUUGGAGCUUUACCUUUCGACGACGACAACCUAAGGCAGUUGCUGGAGAAGGUCAAACGUGGUGUCUACCAUAUUCCUCACUUUGUGCCGCCUGAGUGUCAGUCUCUUCUGCGCGGAAUGAUCGAAGUCAACCCAGAGAAGCGCAUGACGCUGGCCGAGAUCCAUCGCCACACUUGGGUGGUGGCUGGAAGCGCCGGAUGUCGUGGAGGGGAACUGGAAUUGGAGUUGCCAAUGAUGUCCGUAGUUCAGACGCGCAUUCUACCAACAGAAGAUGACUGCGAUCCAGACGUUCUUCAAGCCAUAACCAGUCUCGGAUGCUUCAAGGAUCGCAAGAAACUUAUUCAGGAGCUUCUUAAUCCCAAUCACAAUACCGAGAAGGUCAUUUACUUCCUGCUACUGGAUCGUAAGAAACGUCGACCGGCUUGUGAAGAUGACGCUGAGCUGGUCUUUAGAACUCAGCAGCCCCGAAAUGAAAAUAUAGAUCCCCCUAAGAAAAGGAUCGAUACUCUUAAAGUCAACGGCCCGGUGACUGCUCAAUUCCAGCUGUCUCAAGGCUCUCCAAUUAUCGCCCGACGGCAAGUUUACAAUCACUGGCCAAGACGGUCAACAGGACACUCGACGUAUCCUGGGCCGGGCAAUCACCACCACACCGGAUUUGUAGCUCAACCAUUGAGCAGCAGUAACAGCAGCACGCCAUCGGCCUCGCCUGUCCCGUCCCCUCGGCCCGUUCAUCGUUUGCUUGCGUCCAAUCAGUACGGCGGUGGUGGUAGCAGCGUUUCCGGUAAUGCCGGGAGCGUGAGUGGGACUUCUCCUUCGCGAAUUGCCGGUAAAACUCCAGUGGCCAACAAUGGAGGCGCUCCUAGCCUGGUCGGAGGCCAACUAGCCGGCGAUGGAUCAUACCUUCAGGGAACGUCGACUCCACCCGGUUCUCCUAAUCCGUGGAGGACUCGCCUUACCACAACCAUUAAAAAUAGCUUUCUUGGCUCGCCACGCUUCCACCGAAGGAAAUUACUUCAAGGAGACGAAGUCAGUUUGACACCGGAACCGGAAUCUUCACCGGAACUGACGAAGCGUUCAUGGUUCGGAACUCUAAUGGGCAGCGAACGAGAUGAAACCUACACCAUUCUCGUCAAAGGAAAGCCAUUGGCGUCCGUCAAGGCAGAUCUCAUUCAUGCCUUUCUAUCGAUUGCAGAUUUGAAUCACAGCGUUGCUAGUCCUAUGUCGUUCAAAGUGGAAUAUCGCCGCGGUACUUCCGGACCGGCAAUGUUCCAGCGUCACGUCCGGUUCAACGUCGAUAUAGCCGCAAUUGGUCAGCACGAAGCCAAAGGCGAACGCUGUGCAGAAAUCGACAUUCUUUACGCCGUGACGUUUGUUCUAAUCGCAGGGAAUCUCCGUCGCUUUCGCCGACUUUGCGAAUUGAUCCAAGUGCAGGUCUGUAGUCGUCGACCUCCGCCAGCGUCCCCUAGAGCUUCACGCAAGUUCGCCUCUUCGGAGCUUCGUGACAGCGAAAGCGGUGGUUCCGACAUUUCCGAUAAGUCUUCGUUGUUGACCAGCGACGGUGGCCAAAGUGAAAAACGAGCAUCUUCUUCAUCUGCCGUGUCUAGAGGGAAAACGUGCGUCAGGAAACCUGCCGGCGCUACUGGAUCGACGUCGACUCCAGCACCCGUUUCUUCGAUUCUAGGCACUCGUCGACCGUCUCCGAAAUCCCCUCCCAACCCGCUAGCCAACCCGAUACAGGAAGAGUUGGCCGAGACGCAAUCUAAUAAUCAGGAUUUAGUGGACGUCAGCAAUACUGCUGUUUUAGAGAAAUCCAGCCUUCUAGUCCACGACGAUAACUUGGAGAAAAUGAACGUACAAAAUGGACUGAGCCCCGAGCAGAGAGAGAACGGCAAUCCGCCAACUUCGAUCGUUCCCAAUGAAACGGAGGUCGUCGAAACCAAUAAGUCGUCUUCUCAAGACAAUAACGAAAAGAUGGCUAUGAAAAUCAAAGCGAAAUCGACUCGGGGCGAUUCGACUGACGCGCUACUCAGCGACGAAGAGAAAUCGCAAAACGACGAAAAUAAUCAGUCGACAGAGUGAGGUUUCAAUGAAGCGAUUACGUAUUCCAUAAACUUUGUUACCUCGAUACGAUGUUCCUCUCAGAAAAGGAACAAAGGGGGAGGGGGAAAAAAAAUUAGUACUCUUUUGAUUUGAGGCAUUCCACGACAUUUGUCCAAUUACUUUGCCGUCCCAUUUGACAGCGCGUGAGAGAGGGAAAAUCAUUCUUCCUUUUCUGUUCAGUGUUUUAUUUAUUUAUAGGCCUUCUCGAAAAAUGUUCUGUUUUUCUGGUAGAAGACGACUUCUACGCUGUAACAGUCAAAUGAGAAAGCUAUGAGAUAUAAUGGCCUAAUAAACAUUACUCCGUGAUUGAAGCGCGCGCUGUAGAGCUGGAUGUUAAUUUUUUAAACUGUCAAUUAUUCCGCUGCUUUACUGAUCAAUGAACUUUUGUUUUGAAGCUAAUUUUUAUUGUUGCCACUCUUCGUUUGUUUUUUUACCUAGUCAUUUCGAUUUCUUUUUCUU